CUUCGUUGCUGUUGCUACCUUUCAUUCAUUUGGGGUAAUGUUAGCUUGGUAGUAGCUGCUAGCGUAAGCAGAACCCGGCUUUUCUUUACACAGUUCAGCGUUGACAUGACUCCGAUAGAUUUCCUUCUUCCAAACUAAGAAGAGACAGCUUUGCGUCGACAACUGAGCUGCGUGUAAAGCCUUUGUGUCCAGGAUAAGCUCGGUUUGCCGACAACGGUCAUGGAUUAUGAACACAAAGCUAAAGCGGUAGCAGACUGCUUGCUGAGCUACAGGAGGGAUGAAUCUGGGUGGAAGGUCUGCAGAAAAUCGAAUGAUGUGGUUGUUUCUUGGCGUCCCUCGUCUGAGUUCCCUGGGAAUGUUUACAAGGGAGAGGGCAUUGUCAGCGGCACCCCUGAGAACGUAUGGGAAUGUCUCAAACCAGUUCCCAAUGGGCUCCGAGUCAAGUGGGACAGCAACGUCAAAAGGUUUGAGCUUCUUGAACAGAUCAAGGAGGACAUUUCCAUCUGCCGGACAGUCACACCCUCAGCCGCUAUGGGUAUCAUAGCCCCACGUGACUUUGUAGAUGUUAUUUUAGUUAAACAAUAUGAAGAUGGCAGCAUUUCAUCUAAUGCGACCAAUGUGAUUCAUCCUAGUUGUCCUCCCCACACUGGCUAUGUAAGAGGAUUCAACCAUGCCUGUGGCUGCAUUUGUAUCCCCGUCUCAGGGGAGCCCAGCAAAACUCAAGUGUCCAGUUUCUUCCAGACAGACCUGAGUGGCCUCCUUCCGCACUCUGUGGUUGACUCAUUUUUCCCAUCCAGCAUGACCGAGUUCUACAGCAACCUGGCCAAAGCUGUAAAAUCUCUUAAAGACAUUUGAGACAAAGAGCAACCAGGGUUUUCCCCAGUGUAUUAUAAGCCCGUUGGGCUGCCCGGCUUUACUUGCCCCCCCCCCCACCAGGCCAACCACUGAUGUUUUUCUUAUAAAAAAAAUAAUUGCUUUUAUUUUUUAUUUUUUAUACCCCACAUAAAGCAAAAAUAGUAAAGAUGCUUUGCUCAGCUCAACAAAGUAUCUUUGUUGGUCUGAGCUUUUCACCAAAAGAACAGAAUCAUUCCUGAAAGGGAUUUAUGCAUUGAACAGGGCAUGAAGCUGCCAAUGCGCACCAAUCACACCACUGGCGCCUGUUGGCCACCUACUGCGCUACUGCAGCUCAAUCUAUCAAGUUUACCUCGUCGCGGAUUGCGAGUAUUGAGUAUUUCACUCACACUAGAUGUUUUGGCAGUUGUUCUUUUCGAGAAGCUUAACCUGCAUUUAAAUCAACCCCCUGUGAGGAAUCAUGUUUCUUUGGAGAAUAUUUCAGUAAGGUAGGAAUCAAGUUUGAAAGUCACUUCACUGCUUGCUCUGUUUGCGCUAGCUCAAUUUGCAACAUAAAUAUAACCUAUAGUUGCACUUUCAAAUGUGGGUGCAGUGGAAUGAGAAUGAUAUAUCUUUGUAAACAAAGAAUUACAGUAUGUGUGGCGUUUCCAUCUCACACAAGCUGGCCCAGCGUUGGGCCACAUACAUAAUUAUUAUCUGCUCUGAUAAAGUUUAUAUGUGUUCCUCGGUGAGGCAGUGCGUUAGUGGGAUAGUGGUAAAGGUAGAAGAGCUGUUGCACUUUCCUCAUAGUCAUGCAGCAUGCUGGUCUUUUUGUUUGUUUUUUGUUUUAUGCAAUGCACAAUGCACCAAACUGCGCCAUAUCAAAUGCUGUUUCAGUCAGGCAGAGUUGCUGUGCGGAGAUUGGAAAAACUCGUCCCAUAAUGUCCGGACUAGCAAAACAAACAGUCUCUGUGGCGCUUAUUAUAAACUCACAGACACAAAAUAGAACAGCUUUGUCUCUACUAGAGCGACAUAAAUUAAAUCUCCCCGUUUGACCCUCUAUAUCCAGCAGAGAGAUGCGGCGUGCAGUGGAUUUAGCUUAUCAUGCAAGGUAGGUGCAAGUUGUACAUCAGCACCUCUAACAGCACUGCAGUUUAAAUUUAGUAAAAUCUGGGAGAGGACAUGGUUUAACUGGCUAAGUUUAAAAGCAGUCAGUGAUAACUGUAAUUUGCUGAGAAAGUUUUGUGAUCAACAGAGCUCAAACUCAAAGAUUAAACUCAUAGAAUGAGAUUGUAGCUAUGGUAACAAAACAAUCUAUCUAUGAAGAUUGUUCUUUGCACUUCUACAAAGUAAACUUACCAGCUCAUUAAAAUCUCAGUUAAAUGUAAAACAAUUUAAGUUUCAUAUUAGUUUAUCUGUGCUGAAAGCAUUAAAUUUAACAGCAUUGUCAUUCUCAACAAACAAAUGUAAAAAAAAUUAUAUCUGUAUUUUGUGUUAAAAUGUUAACAUUUAUGGCCCUCCUGGAGGUCUUAGGGGCCUUGAGCAGCUGCUGAGUUCAUUUGGGUCGGUUCUAAAUAUGAUCAGGAUUUAUUUGGGAUUUAACGGGUAUGCACAAAAUGCAAAUUUUUUUAUAUAGUAUUUUUUGUUUUUAAAAUUAUAGUUGUGUGUUUAGGUAUUGUCGACAAUGUCUUCCAAUAACAUACAUAAUUUACUCAGUAAUACUUUACAUUUCUUGUCAACUUAAUAUCUUUUGAUACAAAAACAUGGUGGGCCACUGGUGGACCGCCUCGGGGCCCCGACCACCGGGCUUUUCUGAGGGAAACCCUGAGUAACCAAGUGUCCGGCCUAUUCACUAUGCCAUGUAUUCUAUUUCAAAAAACAACUAAUAUUGAAGCUUUAGGAAAGUUAGAAAAUGCCAAAUAUCUAACACUGGUUAAUUCAGUACAUGUUGGUUAAUUUAUAAACUCUAACAGAAGGAAUCCUGUAAAUGAUUAACAGUCAACAGAAUGAGGAAAAGGGUCAUGCAUAUCAGAAGUUCUCAAAUUUUACUUGAUAUAUUCUCAAGUUUAUUUUACCUUUUUGAAAGAUUAGAGAUGAAUUUGAAAUUUUAUUUUUUUUUAAAUACAGCAGGUCAAAUAAGUAUUGAGCAUAUCUUUUUUUUUAUACUAAACAUAUUUCUAAAGGUGCUAUUAACAUGAAAUUUUCACGAUGUGUUGGUAACAACCCAUGUAAUCCAUACAUGGAAAGAAACCAAAGAAAUAGUUUUAGAAAUUAAGUUAUGUAAAAAGUACUGAACAUGCUGCAGUAUGUAACUUUUAUAAAAGCAAUUUUUUAAUUUACAUUUUUAUUUGAUAAAUGGUCACUAGAAUAGAAUAUACUUUAUUGAUGCCCAAUGUAAAAUUUCUUAUUUGUUCACAAGCUACUCCAUCCAAAGUGUUAACUAUUAGUAUUAGUAUAACCAAUAUUAUAUGUGUGUCUUAUAUUGUAAGUAAAUUAAAUAUGACCUUAUUGUAAAAUAAAAACAGGCAUGUACAUGGAAAUACUAUAAUCUAUAAAUAAAUCCAUAAACGAGUCUAUAGAAAACUUAAAUUUAAAGACACUCAGUGUUGGACAUUGUAAAUGUCAGGAGCUGCAGUGUGAAGUGGUUGAGGCAGACGCCGAGAGAAAUGAUGAUUUUAAUGAAGAAAAAUGCACAAAUAAUCUAAAAUACCAGGCAGCACAGGGUGAGCGGAAUGGCUAGGCUCACCGCUGGUAGCAACUGGCAAAUCCCAAACUAGACACGACAGGACGAGACAGAAUGGACAAGGACCUGACAAAGACACAGAAAUACUGGUGGCAUUAAAAACACAGAGAGUAAUCAGGGAACGAGACACAGCUGGGAACAAUCACGGGGUAGACAGGACAACACAGAAACCUAAAAUACAGUUUUUUUUCCCUGUGCCAUUUACAUUAUUGCACAAUAAUUAAUUUCUGAACUGAUUUGUUUUGAUUUCUUUCUUUCUUUCUUGGGUUGUUAGCAACACUUGAUGAAAAUUUCAUGUCAAUAGCACCUUUAGAAAUAUGUUUACAUGUUUAAAUAUGUUGUGACUAAUACUUAUUUUACCCACUGCAAAUGAAGUGAUAUAUAAACCCAGAGUACUUUGUGUAGCUAAAUUAUGCAACACAAAAUGCCUUGACCUUCUUUAUCAUAUCUCUGUGUAUGCAGAUCUAAUGAACCUUUUGCCCUAUUACUAUUAUCUGUGGUGGCUUGUGAUCAGUUCCUUUUUUAGACAAAAUAAGUUUUUCUUCAUUUUAACCAAAUGCGCUUUGGAUAGAACCUAACAUUUGGCUUCAUUAUUGAGGUAAAUGAAUCCCCUAUACUGUGAGGUAUCUUCUAUAGAUCUGUGGACUGUUUAAUUGUCCAUAGCUCAGAGUUUUAUUUGUAAGACUUUGCUUUAUCAAUGUUCUUCCACUCAGAGAUAAUAUUUAUGUCUUGUAAAGACAUUUUAAGGAUAUUUUUCCAUUUAUUCAAGUUUAAGGUACCAUAUAUGCUGGUAGAAUUCCUCUUAUUCUUUUUUUAUCCAAUAUCCUAGAAUGUAGAUCAACUGCAAUGCUGUUGUACUUUAAAAAUAUAUAUAUUGUUAAUUAUAAUUCUUUUAUUGUAAAUUUAGCGUUGUGUAUUGAAUUAACUGUACAACCAUUUUUCUGAAUCAGGCAUGUUUGAUAGUUGAGAACCACUGACCUCCCCCUCCCGCCUGUUGCUGCUGAGAGGUGAACUCAUACACAAAGACUGAAGGGGUAUAAAGUGUAUUACUCUAAUAAUUUUUGAGUGAUAUUAGAAUUAUGGGAGAUAAAUAAAUGCUGUAAAUGUUUAAAAUGUUUUAUUAAAGUUAAUUGACCAAUGUUAACAUUUCACUUGGACCAUUUGCACUGUGGCUGACUAUUUUAAUCGUUCAGUGUUGUAAUUACAUUUCAGUUGCAGUUGAGUAUAUGUUUAUAGUGUUAACUUAUGCAUGGCCAGAUAUUUUUCUGUAAUAUUUGCAAAGAGACAGUUUGUUAGUUUUGAUUUUACAUACAUGGAUCAAAACACCUGAGGAUUUUUGAUAAUCAACAGAACAUGUCAUAUAAAUGUAUGGAAACCAACCACAGAUGUAUUUGAAUUGUUAUUUGGUCUUGCAUUGCCUUAUGUCUACAAACCAAUUAGACGUGUUUUUUAUUCUGUUCUUUCCCCUUCUAGUACUGGCAUCCAGUUAACACGCUUUGUAACCCUUAACCACAUAAUCUCAAAUCAUUUUUUGUCUGAAUAUAGCAUUUUAAGGUGUGAAGAAAAGCUCACUUCACACAUUGGUUUCAUUAAAAACAUCUGGCUGAGGCAGUGAUGUUGCUGUGAAUGAUGCUGUAAUCUUGUGCUAAUGCAUGUAACUGAGGUAAGAAGCUCAUCUCCAUUGAUGUAUAGAGAGCUUCAAGAGUGGAGUUUGAUGUAAAUUCAGAUUUCACUGCACUAGAUUAGACUGAGGCCUAGAAUCUUUUUAAAACAACGUAACGGAGAUAUUUGUUUCUAUAAAAUAAUUUCAUCCACCCGAUUGGUUUGAGAAAAAUGUUCAUCCACACAGACCUGCUGAAUUACACCACUUUUUAAAUAUGCCAAACCUAUAACCCCCACCCAAUAAUGAAAUCCAAGAAAUAAAAAAUAUUUCAAUCAAGGGAACAAAUUCCAUUUCAUUAUUGGGGGGACCAUAAACAGGGAAAUUUCUUAAGAGCAAUUUUUUGGGGGGGUCAGCAAAGUUACAAUAAAAUGUAAAGUAAAAUGUGGUAUACAAUUCUUUUAUUGUGUUCAAGCUGCAGGACCAAAAAUGACUGGUAAAUAUCAAUGCAUAUCAAAUGUGUUUUUUUCCUCAGUGAACAACCUGUUGAGACCCAAAGAAGUCAAACUAAGAUUCAAAUGUUAUUUAGAUAUCAGUUUGGUUCAGAGUCACAGAUCUUGUCUCUGCUACACCUUUAGAAAAACUUAAGGCUCUGACUAAAGACAAGUUUUAAUGAGUAACUCAACUUUAUAAAAUUACUCAUAAAUGUUGACUUAUUGCAGUGGCUCUUAAUACAAGUUAUGUGAAAUUUAAAUUAUAAUUGAAGUUGCUUUAAACCUUUUUAUGGGGGGGAGUAGGGGAAGGUUCCAUGUCCUAGAUGGCUGAGAAGACUCAUAUAGACCUUAUUUGGGAAAUGUUUAUCUUAGAUGUAAAAGCAAUACAGUAAUAAUACUGUAGGUUAUUUAGUUUUUAUAAAUUUUAAUAAAAUAUUUUGACAGGAAUGACGCAAUGUUUUUCACGUUGCAAUGCAUUCAGGGUAAAUAACGUGUAAUGGUAAAAGUGCCUGGCUCCUCCAGCCUAAACAGUGAUGAGUAACGUUAUUAAGCCUUUUCAAAUUGAACCGGAGCACUUUGAAAUUGAUCAGAACGUAGAAAUCAGAAGAGGUGAUGAUGAGGAGGAGGAGGGCCAAACUGAGGAAGAGGACAGAGUUAGCCGUAGGAGCUUUUGUUUGCUGCUGCUGCCUUCAGCUUUUCAAACGAAACAAUCAGUGACCCUUAACUCUGGUCGGACUGUGUGAUCCGGUAAGUACUUCUAUAGCACUGUGUCCGGUUGUUACCGAACCAACACUUUGUUCGGUGUUGGUAGUGGUUUCACAUUUAGUACCGGUGUUCUAGCUUCAUUAGCAUUUCCAGUAAUAAUAGCUCCAUUAGCGCUGCUCGUCUUUGACGUUUCUCCCACAGUCUGUAGCGCUGUGUCUGGUUCGGCAACAUCUGUGCUGUGUAGAGUCUGGUGUGGUGGUGACAGCCACACACACACACACACAUAGCCUACCUACCAAUAUAUGUAUGUAUAUGUAUUAGGGGUUGAACCAAUUAGUCGACUAGUCGACUCUAGGACGUCUCGCGAGUUUUUACAUUUCAUGUCGACUAGUCGCAGUCAUGUGAUUGCCGGUGGUGACAGCCUGUGCUGAUCUGACAGCACAGUAUACGUCACAAGACACAAGAAAAAUAAGUUAAUACAUUAGUUUAAAUGAUAUGUAGAUGGAUGCAUAUUUGUGGUUUCACAGUGUUUUUAAAAGGAGAUGGAGUUGCAGCUGCAGUCCACUACAAAACACGAGCCGUCUAAAACUCGCCCCCUUCCCGCUAAGGAUGUCACUUAGCCGGCUCGCGAGUGUCUUUGUCAC